AUGGGGGCCCCGCAUGUCCCUGCGCGGACCGUGCUCUUCCAGCGCGAGAGGACUGGCCUGACGUACCGCGUGCCCGCCCUGCUGCCCGUGCCCCCGGGGCCCACCCUGCUGGCUUUCGCGGAGCAGCGGCUCAGCCCCGAUGACGCGCACGCCCACCGCCUGGUGCAGAGGACCGGCACGCUGGCCGGGGGCUCCGUGCGGUGGGGCGCCGCGCGCGUGCUGGGGACGGCGGCCCUGGACGAGCACCGCUCCAUGAACCCCUGCCCGGUGCACGACGCGCGCACCGCCACCGUCUUCCUCUUCUUCAUCGCUGUGCGCGGCCACACGCCCGAGGCCGCGCAGAUCGCCUCCGGCAGGAACGCCGCGCGCCUCUGUUGCGUCACCAGCCGGGACGCCGGGCGCAGCUGGGGCAGCGCGCGGGACCUCACGGCGGAGGCGGUGGGCGGCGCCGAGCAGGAUUGGGCCACGUUCGCUGUGGGCCCAGGACACGGCGUCCAGCUGCGCUCUGGUCGCCUGUUGGUGCCGGCCUACACCUACCGAGUGGACCGACGGGAGUGCUUUGGCAAGAUCUGCAGGACCAGCCCCCACUCCUUCGCCUUCUACAGCGAUGACCAUGGCCGCACCUGGCACCACGGAGGCCUCGUGCCCAACCUGCGCUCAGGCGAGUGCCAGCUGGCCGUGGUGGAUGGUGGGCAGGCCGGUGGCAUCCUCUACUGCAAUGCCCGGAGCCCCCUGGGCAGCCGCGUGCAGGCGCUCAGUGAGGAUGAGGGCACCUCCUUCCUGCCUGGGGAACUGGUGCCCAGCCUGGCCGAGACUGCCCGGGGCUGCCAGGGCAGCAUCGUGGGCUUUCCGGCCCCGCUGUCCAGCAGGCCCAGGGAUGAGGGAUGGUCCGUGGGCCCCAGGAACGCCCCUGACCCUCCACGUUUCUGUCCUGGGGUCCAGGAGCCCCCAGGGGAGAGCGCUGGAGACAUGGGACCGGGCAGGGGGCUGAGUGGGCCAGAAGAACGUCGGCCUGGACCGGGGGAUCCUGGCCCUGGGCUCAGUGGCAACAGGGGGGCCCGAACCCCAGAGCUCCUGGGGCCCCCUGUGACCUUGUCUCAGAGCCCCACGUGGCUGCUGUAUUCCCACCCCGUGGGGCGCAGGGCCCGGCUCCACAUGGGCAUCCGCCUGAGCAGGUCCCCCCUGGACCCCCACAGCUGGACGGAGCCCUGGGUGAUCUAUGAGGGCCCCAGCGGCUACUCUGACCUGGCAUCCAUCGGGCCCAGCCCCGGGGGCGUCUUGGCCUUCGCCUGUGUGUAUGAGAGCGGGGCCAGGGUCUCCUUUGAGGAGAUCUCCUUCUGCAUGUUCUCCCUGCGUGAGGUCCUGGGGAACGUGCGGGCGGGCGCCGGGCUGCCCAGCCUCGGGAACAAGCCUCGGGAGCACUGCCAGCCCUCCUGAUGGGCCUCUGGCCAGGCCUGGCCCGGGGCGGCGGGGAGGCCGGGGGCAGAAGGGUGGAU